AUUACAUUUUAAUUAAUGGAGAAGAAAAAUUUUGCAGAUUUGAAUCUUACAGAGGAGGAAAAGAAGUUAAUCAAUAAGCGUAGUCCUCAGCUGAACAACAAAACUUUUAAUUCAAAUAUUUUAUUCGCUCGAGCAAAUAUUUCAACGACUGAAGUAGUCCAAAUGACCUUAGAUAAAGAUGCAGUUGAAUAUAUCACGAAAUUAAAUGAAUGUCUGGAGCAGGGUGAAAGCCAGAUCCUGCCAUGAAUAAUGAGACUGAACUGCUCAUAUUCCUUGACUAAGUACGCGCAAUGAGUGGUACAAUAUCCCAAAGGAAUGGAAAGUCUUUGUUUAAACUACAAGCAUGAUAUAGAAAAGUGAUACCAAAGGCCUAUCAGGAAUGCUAAACUAGCCAUUUUCAGUGACUUAAUAGAAUCCUCUAGUAUCUCUUAACCGCCUUCUCUUGAAGGAGGCCUUAUUGAUGAUAUUUUCGUCAGGAUCAUGAGUAGAAAAUUUGUUAAGAUUUUACCAAUUAUAACAAAUUAAUAAGCCAAUAAUUCA